AUUAGUCGAAGCAGAAAGCCCCUUUAUUAAGACAUUUAUUGUACUCAAAGUAACCUAUACAACUUUUGUGGCGCCUGGAUUUCCUAGACAUUAAUAUUAGUCUCAUGCAAUUGCUUUAAUUCCUUUAAAAGAGCUUUGUGAGAAGAAACCUUAUCUGGAAUGCAAAUACGAAAAUAUAGACAGCAUUGAAAAAUACGUCAGGAAGACGUUUAUCUGUUGCACUUAUCGCCGUAGAACUUAAGGGGGGUUCCGCAGGUCAAGUUACAAAGGUGUUAAAACGUCGUGCAGCUGUUUCAGACAGUGGACAGUGUCCUGAAGCUUGCAUUGCAAAGCCAUCAGAACCCAAGUAUACAGAACCAAAACGGAGCAAACAAACCGCAAACAGAAUCUUUUUUUAUUUUACUCCGGAAGGAGAAAUUGAAAGGGAGACUUUUAUUGAACAUCAACAAAGACGCAGGUAAAAGGGAUCAACAAGCCAGGUUUUCUGGGCGGAGAACGAACCCAGGCGAGCUGUCCUCGAUGAGGCUGGAGGCCGCGGCAAGGAUGGACAUUAUUAAGAAGCUAUGGAGAGCACGCAAACUGAUACUGGUGGUGCUGAUCCCGCUCUCGCUGCUGCCUCUGCCGCUUAUCCACCCCACUAGCGAAGCUUGCUGCGCCUAUGUGUUGAUAGUGACAGCAGUCUACUGGGUAUCGGAAGCCGUGCCCCUGGGAGCCGCAGCCCUGGUACCUGCAUUCCUGUAUCCACUGUUUGGAGUGCUCAAGUCCAGUGAGGUGGCUGCAGAGUACUGCAAGGACACCACUCUGCUGCUAAUGGGGGUCAUCUGUCUGGCCGCCUCCAUAGAGAAGUGGAACCUCCACAAACGCAUCGCUCUACGCAUGGUGAUGGUUGCCGGGGCCAAGCCUGGCAUGUUGGUGCUUGGUUUCAUGUGCUGCACAGCGUUCCUCUCCAUGUGGCUCAGUAACACAUCUACAACCGCCAUGGUGAUGCCCAUCGCCGAGGCCGUCCUCCAGCAGCUUAUCUCUACCGGCGUGGCCGACGCCCAGGAAGACUCGGAAACCGUCGAGGCCCCUGAGGACGACUGCUUCAGUGACAAGGAGGAAAACCGGCAACAGAACCAACUAGAGCUGCUGAGUCGUAGAGGCAGCAGUGUGAACCCGGAGCUGUGCACAGUGACCGAGACUGUGGAGCCCAAUGGGACUGGUAGGAAAGCCAGUAAGGUCAGCCAGGGUCAGAUGUCCUUCAAGCAGACCAACGGACACCGGCCUUCGACAGCGAUCAGCAUUUCAGAGUCUAGGAAGGACAACAAAGAAGCUCGCUACCCCACCAAGAGAGAUCACAUGAUCUGCAAGUGUCUGUCGCUCAGCAUCACGUACGCGGCCACAGUCGGAGGCCUCAUCACCAUCACCGGCACCUCCACCAACCUCAUCUUUGCCGAGCAGUUCAACAAUCGCUACCCAGACGCCAAGGUAAUCAACUUCGGGACGUGGUUCAUCUUCAGUUUCCCCAUCGCUAUCAUCAUGUUACUGCUGACCUGGGUGUGGCUGCACUUCCUCUUCCUCGGAUGCAAUUUCAGGGAGACCUGCUCGUUCAGUAAGAAGCGAAAGACCAGGAGGGAGAUUCUGUCAGAGACAAGGAUUCAUGAGGAAUACGUAAAACUGGGGCCCAUUAGUUAUCCAGAGGUGGUGACAGGAGUGUUCUUCAUCCUGAUGACCCUGCUGUGGUUCACUCGAGAACCGGGCUUCGUUCCGGGUUGGACAUCGCUGUUCGAGAAGAAGGGCUACAGGACUGACGCCACUGUAUCUGUGCUGCUGGGCUUUCUGCUCUUUCUCAUCCCAGCCCGUCGGCCAUUCUCGCGGGCCCCUGGCACCCCCGCGAGGGAGAGCCCAGCAGAGACAGACCCAGACCCCUUGGCCCCUAUGAUCACCUGGAAUGACUUCCAGAGACUCAUGCCCUGGGAGAUUGUCAUCCUGGUUGGAGGGGGCUACGCCUUGGCUGCGGGCUGCAAGGUGUCGGGGCUUAGCAUGUGGAUCGGCAGACAGCUGGAGCCGAUGAGCGGUCUUCCCCCCUGGAUGGUGGCACUGCUGGCCUGCCUGCUUGUCUCCGCGGUUACUGAGUUUGCCAGCAACCCCGCCACUCUCACCGUGUUUCUGCCGAUCCUCUCUGCUCUGUCGGAAACCCUGCAGAUCAACCCUCUCUACACUCUCAUCCCCUCCACCAUGUGCGUCUCUUUCGGGGUCAUGCUGCCCGUCGGCAACCCCCCGAAUGCCAUAGUGUUCAGUUACGGACACGUGCAGAUCAGUGACAUGGUGAAAGCGGGUUUCGGGGUGAACCUGAUUGGCGUAAUGGUGGUAAUGCUGGCCAUAAUGACCUGGGGCGUGCCCCUCUUCAACCUGACCGAGUUCCCCGACUGGGCCGUCGCCAGGAACAUCACAGGCAACGUAUAACUAUGCCGGAGGGCGCCGGAGACUGGGGACGGUCACAGAGGGAAGGCAGAAAACGAUCCCGAAAAAGCCAUGCUCACAGUCUCUUUUACUGUAAAUGCCAAAUUGAAAGGGAGUGAGGACUGUUCCUUCAACCAGGCUGGUUCCGUCUGAGAAUCGGACAGGUUAGAGAUGAACGGCGUGGAAGGAGUGAAGCCACACAAGGGAGGAGAUGGGGAAUAUAUGAGGAAUGGACUCUGACUCAAGUAAAUGGAUCCUAUUGCCUUUCAAUCCAUGUUACUGAAUGAUGCUGUAAAUGUGGCUUUCAUAGAUUCUUUUCUAAUCUCUCCACUACGCAGCACACAUUUUGCUUCACAGACGGAUUCACCUUAGGACUACGAGACAUAGCAUGUCAUACAUUUACGACAAUAACCGUAAAAGGUCUGCAUGGUUUGUCAUGCGUUACCUAUGGGUCUCUAACGAGUAAAUGCCCUGAAAUUGAGCCUAUUCCCUAUAUACUGCAAUCAUUUUGACUGUAGGAUCAGAAUUGCCUUUGUUCGCUAAGUACAUUUAUAUAUGCUCAGAAUUGUACCUGGUGUAAAUGUGCUGCUAGACGUAGACAACAGAAACAGUAAGUGCACAGUAGGGUUCCUCUCCAAUCAAAUGCCAGAACCCGAGAGCACAGCCAUUAGGAAUACAGUUGUGUGUUCUGUUGCACACCACAUUACAUGCUUUACACUAUUACACAAAUUCAACUUACAUUUUGUGCUUUCUUUGGUAAUUUACUCACUUUUGUGAAAACAUAGGCCUAUAAAGAAUGAAGGAGCAUUACCCAAUCUAAGUCCUACGUCUGUUUUAUUUAUUCAAUUUUGCAAAUUUUCAUACUGUAUGUUGGUUUAGUGGACAGAAAUAGAAGCUUUGUAAAUACAUGCCAGCUUGUAAUAUAAAAGAUGUGUGCCUUAUAUUGUCAAACCAAUCCAAUGAACUGUAACAUACGUGACUGAACAACAUUUGUCUAGGCUAGCUGUUCAAAAAGUGAUAGAUUCUAACAAUUGUUAUAAAAUUAUUAAAUAACAUUCAA